UGGAGUGAAGUUUGCUGGGUUUCGAGUGACCGUGUUAACUCACUUGACUAUCGACAUUUUUUGAGAUGCUGCUGAAGACCAAGACUGAAGAUCAAGACUGUUGGUAACCGCCGCCACUCUGUUGAAGAUGGUGCCCGUGGAGGGGUUUCGUACAUACUAGUUGUCGGUGAAGCCUGCUGCCCCUAAUGGCUGGGGUUGAGCAACGAGACGACCGAGGCGGAGGAGAUAAUCGGCGAAGGGACGGCCGCCGUAGCGAAGACCGGAGGGACGAGGAGCAGAGGGAUGAUGAUCGCAGGCGUUACCGUGCGCCUACGUGUUAUAAUUGCCAUGAACCAGGGCAUUAUGCGAAUCAAUGCCCUGAACGGAACCGUCGUCGGUAUUACGUCGAUAAGCCAUCUACGUCCAACGACUCACGAGGCGGACGCUCUCCACGCACGAGGGAUUAUCGACGGAGGGAGGACUCGCCACCGCCGGGCAACGAGAAGAUGUUGAGCACUGUGGCUGAGCUCGGUAAAUCCGUAGCAGCAAUGAAGGACUUCUAUGGCGAGGCGAGGAAAAAGAAGGAAGAUAAGUCUCGCAGAAAACUCGAAAUGAAGGAGGCUGAGGAGCGGGAGAAAGCUGAACAGGAGAAGGCGGAACGAAAGGCUGGGAAGAAGUUGGAGAAGGCUAGACGAGAAGCUCAACUGGAGGCUCAGCGAAGGGCCGAGGUUCCGAAGGAUAAUGAUAUCCACCUAGCGAUCCGGCUGAGUGAGAUGGAGGAAAACUUCUCCUCCAAGAUGAAGUGUGUGAUCGAACCUCUGAAGGAGUUGAUCAAGAAAGGGAAGAAGAAGGUGACGUAUGCGUCCGGAAGCAACUCGGCUGCCGAUAAAGCUAGUGACACGAGCGUGACUCAGGAACUAAGUGAGCGAACAGGCAGGCUAUGCAUCUCCGAGAAGAGAAAGCAAGGUCCUGAGCAGGUCGUGGAAAACAGCCCGCCGAUGGAGCUUCCACCCAAGCGUACCCCGAAGCGGGGAGCCCUGUGGCCCACUACGCUGGCUGGACGCUUGACCCGAUCCAAGAAGACGGUGAAGUCGCCCGGGUCUGCUAAGCGUAAGACACCUGUGAAGACACCGCUCGCUGCGAUACUGAAGACGCCGACUAAGACCGCUACGCCAAUGACGAUAGGGGCAUUGCAACGCCUAAGGUAUCGAGAUGGGGUUAUGAAGGACCUCAAAAACCUCGAUGCCACUGAGCUACAGCGCAUCUGCAAGGAGGAGGGCGUGCCAUAUGACGGUAAGAUCGACGCAAUUUUUGCUAUAGCUGACCGACAUGUCUGUGAUAGGUUUGGCCCGGACCGCCUCGAUGUCACCGAGGUUAUCAAGGUCAAUGAGAGCGAGGUUGGGGAACCGCCUCAUGAACUGGUGGACAACUAACGCAAUUUGGAGAUUCCGAUCCUAUGGGACUUGUGCAAGUACCUUACGAGGUUCCGCUGUCAAUCUACUUGUAUAGACUUUCGUGUGGAUGAGAUCCUUUUUUUAAAGCACACGCGCUCCAUCUAUUGGUGGGGAGCAGCACCUGCUCGAAACCGGGUCCAGCGUCCCAUAGAUACAACCAUAUCCUCUCAAAUUGGCACGAGCUGGGAACAGGGCCCAGCGUCCCUUGAGUACGUUCAGAAAAACCAUCAGAAAAUUUCAUGACAAUGAGACUAACGGUAUACUGAGGCUACGUCAGAGCUUUUUUGUAAGGAACAUUCAGAGAUAAACAAAAACCAGAAGA